AUGUCUGCCGCAAAGUCUCGGUUGUCUGGUUUACUUGGACACCUUUCACCCUUCGGGGCGAAUGAUGCUCCACCUCAACACCACAUUAACUUUCACACGCUCUCCCCGACAUUCUUCUUGCCUCGAGCAGCAGCUAUAGAACCAGAGGCAGAAGCGAUCUACCACAUCACAGCAAAUAAUUACGUGCUUCGAAGAACAUAUCUUGAAACCGCGGACCGUGCAAGGGGCCUCUCAUACUACAUCAAAAAACAUGGGUUCAAGAGAGUUGGCAUCCUAUGUCCCAAUACCCCUGCUUUCUUUGAGUCUAUCUUCGGCAUUGCUGCCGCUGGUGCAGUUAAUAUCGCCGUGAACUAUCGUCUCAAGGAAGACGAUAUUGCCUACAUCUUCUCGCACGCGGACGCCGACGUUAUUAUUGUGGAUCAAGAGUAUCUGCCCCUCCUUCAGGCAUACCGAACAUCGAAACCAAGUAUCCCCAUCAUCAUUGACACCGACACUGAGGCUACAGAUGGUCCAUCUGCGGGUCCGUUUGACCAUGCUGUCCUGGAGGGGUUGAAGUAUGACUCCGAUACAGGGAAUAAUGGGUGGAAUGGGCUUGAAAGUCAGGCGGCCAACGAAGGAGACGUCAUUGCCCUGGCCUAUACCAGUGGAACGACAGCGCGUCCAAAGGGUGUUGAGUUUACCCACCGGGGCUGCUAUCUCGCCGCCAUGGGAAAUGUGAUUGAAUCCGGCCUAAAUUCCUCCCGGGGACGCUGUCGUUAUCUGUGGACGUUACCCAUGUUCCAUGCCAUGGGUUGGACAUUCCCUUGGGCAGUGACAGCAGUGCGCGGAACCCACUACUGUCUACGGAAGAUUGACUAUCCACAAAUCUGGAGAUUGUUGAAGGAGGAGCGUGUCACUCAUUUCAAUGCUGCCCCAACAGUGAACACAUUGCUUUGCAAUGAUAACGAAGCCGAGAAGCUCCCUGAGCCUGUACAGGUAACAGUGGCCGCUAGCCCGCCUACGCCCCAUCUCUUCGAACAAAUGACCAAUCUGAAUUUGCACCCCGUACACGUAUACGGGAUGACGGAAACAUAUGGCCCCAUUACCAAGGGCUAUUACAUGCCCGCGUGGGAUAAUCUACCGGUUGAAGAGAAAUAUAAAAAAAUGGCGAGACAGGGCCAUGGCUUUGUGAGCAGUUUACCAGCACGAGUGAUCAAAACCGAUGUCCCCGAGGGUAGUAUUGUCAACGUCGAGCGAGACGGGAAAGAGAUUGGAGAAAUCGCCUUUGUUGGCAAUAUCUGCGCGCAAGGGUACUACAAGGACCCCGAAGCUACGCGGAAACUCUUCGCUGGCGGCGUUCUCCACUCUGGAGAUUUAGCAGUCUGGCACCCAGAUGGGGCCAUCCAGAUCCUCGAUCGAGCCAAGGAUAUCAUCAUUAGCGGGGGUGAAAAUAUCUCUUCCGUUGCCCUAGAGUCCAUGUUGGUCACGCAUCCCGACAUUCUAGAGGCGGGAGUCGUCUCGGUCAAGGAUAGUCACUGGGGAGAAAGACCCAAGGCGUUUGUUACUGUGAAGCAAGGGAGACACCUCGAGGGCAAAAGUGUGAUUGAAUGGGCCAGGAACAACAGUGCAAUCAGCAAGUUCAUGGUUCCUCGGGAGGUAGAAGUGGUGGCGGAACUUCCCAAGACGAGCACAGGAAAGGUGCGGAAGAAUAUCCUGCGCGAGUGGGCAAAUCGAAGCUGA